AUGGCCUCCCCUUCACAAAUUCUCGCCCAUGCAAAACUCUAUCGGGUGAUUAACACUGAGCUAGCUCUCAAGAUCGCUUUCGAACCUGGCGAGGCCGAUGCUGUCGAGAAGCGGAUGUAUGAGCGACUUGGUACUUCUCAUCCUCUCAUAUUAAAAUGCUAUGGUGAGGCCGAGUCGGUACUUGGGAAGGGUUUAGUGCUGCAAUAUCUGCCUGUAGGAACACUGGCAGGGAAUCUAGAGUUAGAGAGGUUUCCUAUUGAGAGGUCGCAAUGGCCGGCCCAAGCAGUCGAGGCAAUAAGAUAUAUUCAUUCUAAAGGAGUCAUCCAUUGCGAUAUUGGCGCUCACAACUUUCUGAUCCAAAACGAUGGUUCCAUUGCUUUAGCAGACUUUUGUGGAUCAAUUCUUGAUGGCUCAACAAGUCUUGCUGCCACCUCAGCCCGGUCGACGGAGAAAGACGAUAUCUUCGCGCUGGGCACUGUUUUAUACGAGAUCAGCGUUGGACAUCGACUAUAUGCUGAUAGAAGUGACGGUGAGAUUUGGGAGCUUUUUCAGAAACGAGAGUUUCCAUGCCUCACCGGUCUUGCUAGAAGCUUACGCUCCGUGAUUGAGAAGUGCUGGCGAGACCAGUACAAUAGUACUGAGGAAGUCAAAUCCGAUUUAGAUAUAGCUAUUGACAGAUUAUAA